AUGUUCGAGCUCAGCCAGUCCUGGGAGAGGGAAACCCAGGUGACCGACAUCGAGGAUAUCGCUCUGGGCACGGAGUUCGCAAUGGAAGCACGUGCCGCAGCGACUUACAUCGCAACGGUGGAUCGCACCUUGAGCCGCUACGCCGACGCCGGCAGGAUCGACAAGUGUGCAAUCUUGAACAUCACGAACCUGCCUCGUAUCGAGACACGCGAAGAAGCACGUGAGACCGCAAAUUUGCGGUCGUUGAUCGACGAGCGGUCGAUCGACCUGAAAGAUUUCGUGUACGGUGGGGAAGAAUUUGUCAGCGGUGAGUUUGUCAAGCUCACCUCCAACGCCGGCUUCGUGAACCGCGAAGAGUACGGCGGCCAUGCCAUCAUCGGGUCUGCCUUCUCCCACUACACCUUCCACUGGAGCAAUGGUGCGCUCUUGGUCUCUGACAUUCAGGGUGUCUGUGCGGGCCACCGAGACGACGGCCGAGAAGGGAGGAAGGCCCGAGGAGGCAAAGAUGAGAAUCGCUCCUGGGUGCUCAGCGAUCCCCAGGUCCUCACAGAUGGUGCGCAAUACCAAUUUGGCCGUGGAGAUCUUGGCAUUAAAGGCAUGCAGAUGUUCUUCAAGUCGCACAAGAAAUCCUGGCUUUGCGAAGCUUUGGGCCUCAAGGACAUCUCCCGCAUCAAAGAGCCCACGGCACGGCUCUACUUUCCAGGAAGCACGAACCUCUUGGCUGGCUUGCACGGUCGUCAGGGUGGUUUCGUGAAAGAGGCCAGAGUGCAGUCCGGAGCGACGAGAAUCACUCUGCCACGAGAGGCUUACGACGAGUGGCUGAUGUCGUCGAUUUUCAGCACGACCACAGAGCAGGCAAAUGGCAGUUUACGUAGGAUGCACGGAUGUCUGCAAACCCUAAACCCCGCAGCCUUUCCCAUCCCGCCGAGUGGACCGUGA